AUGGCGAUGCCUGCUGCCUGCCUGUCUGUAGAACAGUUCACCUGCUCCAUCUGUCUGGACGUGUUCAACAACCCGGUCUCUACACCAUGUGGCCACAGCUUCUGCCAGGCCUGCAUCUCCGCCUACUGGGACGGAGGAAGGAGAGGAGGAAGAGGAGGAGGAGAGGGUACUAAGGUCUACCUGUGCCCCCUCUGCAAGGAGUCCUUCCGUAAGCGCCCGGAGCUCCACAUCAACCGAACCCUGAAGGAGAUCACGGAGCAGUUUAAGUGGCUGUCCAGCGCUGAGGUUUCCCUGCAUGGCCCAGAGGGGGGAGGAGUCUGUGAGGAUCUAAACUCACAUUCACAGCAACAACCAGGACUGCCUCUGUCCCAGAAGCCGGGGGAGAUGCCGGAGGGUGUGUUUACUGAGAUGAUGGGUCGUUUUCAGCAGCUGCAGCCACCUGGGAGGCCUCGAAACAGUAUCUGUGAUGCCAGCAACCCCCAACUCACCCCUCUGCAUAACGCUCGGCCAUGUUUCCAGGCUCUGAGCACAGACCAUCAUGAUCCGCCUCCACCCUACUCACCUCCACGCAGGUACACUCUGAGCGGUGCCAGUGACUUCUCCCCCAGUGCACCUCUAUGCCCCGCCCACCAGAGACCUCUGGAGUUCUUCUGCCGCACUGAUAACACCUGUGUCUGCAGCGUGUGCAUGGAAACACAAGAGCACCGAGGACACAACGUCAUCCCAGCCAAGAGAGAGUGGCAGAUCAGAAAGUCUCAGUUAGGUAUUUCAGAGGUGGAGCUGCAGGAUCUCAUCAGCAACAAGAUGAAGAAGGUGGAGGAAAUACAGACCUCUUUACGAGAGAUACAGGCUGCUGCUGAAAAAGAGACAGGCGGAGUUGUCUCUUCGUUUUCUAGACUGAUCACCAGUGUGGAGCGCUGCCAGGCCGAAGUCUUAGAGGUGAUAGAGAUGAGUUGGCGUGCUACAGAGCGUAAAGCUCAGAGUCUGCUGAAAGAGCUGGAGGAGGAGAUUUCUGAGCUGAAGAAGAGGAGUGCAGCUCUGAAUCAGCUGGUUCUGUGUGAAGAUUAUGUUCACUUUCUAAAGACAUAUCCUACUCUGUCCACCCCCCCACCCUCCAAGGACUGGUCGGGGGUCUCUGUGGUGUCUGAGCUCACCUCAGGAGUGAUCCUCAGGACCCUCAACCAAACGAUGGAGAACCUCAGUGAAGAGCUGAGGAAACUGCCGGAAGUCUGUCAGAAAUAUCUGUUGGACCAAACUGUAGCCCGGCCAAACCCAAAAGUAAGGAGAGUUCAAGAAUACGCAGAUGACAUCACUUUAGACCCGAACACAUCCCACCCCCGUCUCAUCAUCUCAGUGGACGGGAAGCAGGUCUACUGUGGUGAACGUCAUCAGUCGGUACCAGACAACCCAGAGCGUUUUGACCGGGUGGUGUGUGUACUGGCACGCGAGGGCUUCAACUCAGGACGCCAUUACUGGGAGGUGGAGGUUGGAGGAAAGACCGACUGGGACCUUGGAGUGGCGAGCUGGUCCGUGAACAGGAAAGGUAAAAUCACCGUAAGCCCCGCCCACGGCUACUGGUUCCUCAGCCUGCGAGAUAGGACCGAGUACGCCUUCAGAACGGAGCCCUCAACCAACCUGACCGUCAACCUCCGACCGUCCCGGAUCGGGGUCUACUUGGACUACGACAAGGGGCUGGUGUCCUUCUACGACGUGGAGGCCAAAGUUCUCAUUUACACGUUCACGGAUACGUUUUCUGACACCCUCCAUCCUUUCUUCAGCCCCUGCACCAACAAAUCUGGGAGGAACGAGGCUCCGCUGGUCAUUUGUCCUGUUUUGGAAUAAUGCAUGGAGGGAGAUCUUUAAUAUGAAAAUUUUACCACAUUAUUUAGAAGAGGACUGAGAUGAACAAACACACCUAAAGUAGAUUUCAUCCCAUUCUGUCUCUUUGUUGAGCUGAUAAUGACACAGACUAAAAGAUUGCUUUAGGCUCUGGUGUCACUCCUAUGGUCAAUACUUACGACUGAAAUCAGCCCUAUCUAAUAUUUAUGUUCUAAUAUUUGAUAGUCAGAAUCCAGUUAAAAGCUAUAAACAUUUUAAACAACCACUGUGAACACAACUUUGUAAUGAAACAACACAAGUAUACACAUGUACUCAUCCAGCUACACACACGCACAUAUCCUGUCUCAGAGGAACUGUAUAUUGCCAUUUUACACAGCAGCAUUUCAGAGUUUCCCCUCUGGAACCUGUUUCCAAAACUUUUGGCCUAAGACCCCCGAAAUAAAGGUGCCAGAGAUCGGGGAUCCCCACAGUACCUGAAGGUGG